CAUACCUACCGAACGCAAGGAGCAGGCUAGCGGAGCUGGCGGAGCCACAUUCUAUCGCUCCGUCCUUCUCAGGAGUACGCGACGACCUCGGCAAAACGACGAUCAGCUCCCCCCCUCCCCUCCCCCUCCCCCCAACAAAAAAGAAGGUCGGCGGCGAAAACACAGACGUUCACGACGGCAGUCGACGUUUUUCGACCAUGUCGAACGUGACAGUGCCUCAAGACGCUCCGACGAUCCGACUAUGCCAUGUCAUCAAGUGGCCCGACUACGAAGGGUUCGGCUUCAAUCUCCACACGGAGAAGUCCAAGCCCGGACAGUACCUAGGCAAGAUCGACCCCGGCAGUCCGGCACAACUGGCCGGCCUGAAGGAAGGCGACCGGAUUGUCGAAGUGAACGGCAUCAACAUCUCCAACGAGAACCACAAGCAAGUGGUCGAACGGAUCAAGGCUGUGUCGAAUGAAACCAAGCUGUUGGUCGUCGACCCGCUGGCGGAUACCUGGUACAAGGAGCACAAGAUCAUCAUCAAAAACAACUUGUCCAGCGUCAAGCAGUCCAAGACACCCGUGCCAAGGCCGAAAAAGAAACACAGCACUUCGUCGACGUCUUCGUCCGGGUCUGCGGCCACCGCCAGGGUGUCUCCCACUUCCGGUGCGUCGCCAGCGCCACCUACGUCGACGCCGUCGUCGAACCAGCUGCUGGUGGUGCCCCCCGCGGGAGCGCCGGCGCCCCGGUUGUGUCACGUGGUGCGGAGGUCGGACUUCGACGGUUACGGCUUCAACCUGCACGCCGACAAGUCGCGAAACGUGCAGUACGUCGGAGCCGUGGACAAAGGCAGCCCCGCCGAGGCCGCGGGGCUUAGGCCUAACGACACCAUCGUCGAGGUGAACGGCGUGAACGUGGAAGGCUCGAACCACAAGGAGAUCGUGGAGCGCAUCAAGGCCGUGCCCAACGAGACGCGGCUGCUGGUGGUGGACGACGGCACGGCGGCCUGGUACCGCGAGAACAAGGUGCCCAUCCGGGGCAACCUGCCCAACAUCAUCCAGCUGUCCAGCGUCAAGGGAAACCGGAGGCCCAGCGAACACAAGUCCGCCGUCUCGGCAGCGGAGCCCGCCCUGGGUCCCCGGCUGUGCCACCUGUCCAAGUGGAACACCUUCGAGGGCUACGGCUUCAACCUGCACGCCGACAAGAAGCGACUGCAGCACUUCAUCGGCCAGGUGGACCCGGGCAGUCCGGCCGACUUGGGAGGACUCAGACGGAACGACAGGCUCGUCGAGGUGAACGGAACGACUGUGGAAGGCGAAAACCACCGUGACAUAAUCGAGAGGAUCAAGAGGGACCCGAGUCGGGUCGACCUGCUCGUGGUGGACGAGGAGACGGAAAAGGCGCUCGUCAGCAAAAAGAUCAAGAUAUCCAGCAAGGCCGACAACGUCAUCCACCGAAGGACGCCGCCCCAGCAACCCGGCACCGAGCAGAAGACCGCUCAGCAGGCGACGGAGCCUCAAGACGACCUCUCCAAGAGUUCGACGCCGCGAUUCUCGCCUAGCCCUGAGUCUACCCCGCCGUCCCUGCCCCACGUACGCUCCGGUUCGACCACCGCCGAAGACGACGACAGGGCCGAGGUCGAGAGCUCGGCGUCCGUACCCCCGCCGGAGACAGCGACCAGCGAAGAGGGCGACGACAGGUCCACGCCCAGGAUGCAGACUCCCGUACCAGACGUGCCCCCGGCGUCCACCAACGGCCACCACGGAAGCCCCGCUGACUCGCCGGUGACCAGGAGUCCUCCGGAUGUCCAGAUGACCAAGUCGUCGUCUGCCACCGCCGCCGCCGCCGCGGUCUCCAGAGGCCAUCACGAUGACUUCAAGAUGAUGGGCGCCAGGGGCACCAAGGACCAAGUCGUCCAGUCGUCGACUGCCACCAAGAGUCCUGGUGGUCAAGACCCCGCAGUGGUCCUCAGGAACGGUGGUACCCUGCCACCCGGUAGCGACGGCCUCAACUUCGGCAUGAAGGCGUCAGAGCUGAGGGAGCUUCUGCGCUCGCGGAAGAAGAAGGACCCGCGCGAGUUGCAGAUGGAUCUGCGCCAGAAGUACAAGAUCAUCGAACAGAUGUGAAAGAUUGUACCUCUCUCGUGUGUCUCAUUGAACUGAGCUCAUUGUCAGUGCGGCUGGGGUCGAACCGCCAUAUGCCUUGACACGUUUUUUUUUUUCUCUUUGUUUUUCUUGAUAUACAACUUUUUGUUUGUUAUUGUUCGGCGCCAUUUAUGCGACUCUACUCCGCGUCCAAGUUUGUGUCUAAUCGUCUAGACUCUAGACCGCUCGACGUGGUUUUACCGACACUGCAGCGCUGCGCGCUGUGAGAUCGUAUUGGCGACGACAGCGUCCACGUCGCCGCUGUAGAUGCCAGUUUUUGUCUUCUUUUUCUUUGCGGAAAGUUGCGUCGACAUGAUCGGUACCCACUGCCGAAGACCUGUGUCUAUAAGGAUAUUGAUUGGAUUACUUCUUCUGGCACUUCUAGGUCGGUUGACGGUGAUUCUGAAGCGGCCAUUCCGCCCUACCCUUUCUAAGGCCUGUAAUAAUACAAUUCUCUGCUAUUUUUCUUCUUUACACCUAAGUCUUCGGUCGCAUGUGGUAACAGCAUGCGGCAGGUUGGAAGUUUAAGGUCACGCACGGGCAAGGCAACACCUACUUGAUCACUUACCUAUACACCAACUCACUGAUAAAACGCACAUUUGCUCUGCGCGUGCGCAUGAAACUUUUUUUUAGGCGCGAAGCAUUUACGCACGCACCGUUACGUCAUAAAACAUGAGUUGGUGUAUAUUGCUAGGGGACAUUGUUGCACGAGCUACUUUCGAGCGUAUUGAGAGUUACGCUGUUUCCAGUGUUUUACGUUUGUUUAUAUAUGCCUGUAUAUGUUUAUUUUUGCCUUUUUCCUGCUUCCGGCGGGGCGGUUUAAAACGGUUCGUGGAGGUACCGACUUGGGAUGGGACCAACAGAAAGAAAUGUAACGUGGACGGCUUAAACGUAUAACUGCUUUUCUUUUAUUAAAAAUCAUGUACCGAAUUUGAUACUUUGCUGCCGUUGUGUGCCUGAAACGGUCGCAAAGCGUUAAAUGCCACUUUGGAGUAAUGUUUCGCACUAUGUAGGGUUGUGUAGACUUCCUGAAUUAAGCUAUGAGUCGCUUACACGAUUCCAUUUUUUCUUUCUUUCGGAAGUUUUAUUACUUAUGAUUUCGGAUGUGCCCGAAAAAGUUUAUUAUUUUUUAUGCAUGUGUUUUCCGGUGUUUUCUGCAGCAAGUCGUCGGGGAUCCAAUAACUGCUCAAUGUAACGACGUUGUGACGGUAAAGAGUGCUUGUUAACUUGACGUGCGACUGCCGAUUUUCUUUUCCAUUUAUUCGCUCGUAGCUGUUUCGCGUUCUAUUUUUAUUUUUUGAGAAAACUGGGUCUACUUGUUGGCCAAUCGGGAAAGUUGUCCACUAAUGUUUGUGUGUGCGUGUGCCUGCUUGUAAAUAAGGCUGAUGAUAACGGAGAAACGUGAUUCCACUUCUUGGAGUUACCUGCGCUCGUCCGAAACCUCUUUUGGGGUGAGGCAAACGCAAGUGUAACAGAAGGGGGGAAAAAAAGUUGAUUUUUGAGAUGUUUAUAUUCUAUACAGACUUCUUGACCAGCUAUACAUAUAUACACCCUUCAUAGCGUAACGUUGUGUACACGUUGAAUGCCUGUGAACCUAGAACUUUUUUUAAUGGAAUUUUCUGGGAAGUGUUUGCUGUGAGUCAGCUUCCAGUGCCGCUGCUACUGGAGGGCGCCAGAGCAUAAACUCUCGGUGGCCUAACAUUUUUCUUAUCCUGGCUGUCUCUACGCACAGUCUGAUCGUGUCUGAGAGGCGUGGUAAAGUGUCACUUUUAGCACGUUGUCUCAUACCUGUUAAACCUUAGUUGUGACUCCCAUCGGAACACGACGAGACACUUAACAUAGCGGUGACCGAAGUGACCUAAAAACUUGCGCCCUUUAGUCCUGCGUGGACUAACAGUGUUGUGAAGGUAUAGCGAGAGUUAGGAAGCACCGAACAGACGCAGUGACCGUCGGGUCGCGAUUACAGCUAUUUUAUUUUCAUUGUUAUCGACUUGUGUACUUGAGAACGCAGCUAGCUGUCUACAGGUAACGCUAUUUUCUUGUACACACUGUGCCUUGGGAUAUGGUUGGUGCGAGCUGGGGUGGAUGACGAUGAUGAUGACGGUGUUUUGAACCUUCAACGUGACGGCAACACUGUCCAUUCGUCACAAAACGUAGUGUAGUCGAUCCUCAUGUGCCUUUGUUAAGUGAGUCGCGCGUACUGCUAUACAAAGUAUUUUUUUUUAUAUAUAAAUAACGUGAUCCGAAUAGUUGUGCGCUCACGUAUAAACUCUAGCAUAGACGUUUCACUGUUGUUGAUUGUUGUUUUGUUUUUUUAGGGUGGGAAGGGGGAAUGUGAAUCAAAACGAAUAAAUAAACGUAUUUAGCGAGAAGAC